AAGUUAAAUAACCCUUCAUCAAUUAACUGGUCAUUUUUGAUUUAACUUCUAGUAUAAAUAACACAAUUAAUUUCCUGCAUUCUAUAGUUGUCAAUUGUGUGUCGUUCUUUAAAAAAAAACAUGAAAUUUUACGUUCUUGCAAUCUUUGUCCUGAUCAUUGGACUUGUAUCGGCUGGCAAUAUCCAUGAUGAUGGUCAACCAGGAUGCAAAACACCAGAGGAACUUGAAGUUGUGAAUUACAGAAACCAUUGGGAUCCAACUAGAUAUUGGUCAUGUACCCAGAAGGGUCAAUCAGCUGUUUCUGUUCGAUGCCCAGAUGGUCAAGCAUGGCUAGAUAGUCAGAAAAAAUGUGUCGAUUGGGAAAAUUGGAAUUGGGAAGAACCAGUUCAUCCUCCAAGCAAACCCUAAAUAUUGUCAAAUUUAAGUGUUAAUUUUUGCUUGAUUUUGAAAAAUAAAAACAAGUUUUUUUUUUAA